AUGAACACCAAGAAGUAUAAAUUUACCACCACUGUUGUCAUCUUGUCAAAACAACAAUCAUUUCGCGCCAACUUUGACUGCACACCAAGAGGAACAGGAAGACGAACUGGACGCCUUCAUCUGGCCCACCUAUACAAAAUUCUCUCAAAAAUACUCCGGAGCGACUUCUCCACAGCUGCCUGCUCCAAGGAAGCCAGAAAUGCUGCUUGGAGGAGCAAUAGUGUGGAGGUGUCUGCCGUGUCAGACAUUCUCCGCACUGAGGAGUGCCAGAAACAUUGGCAUAUUAUAAAAUCUGAGGCAAGACGGAACACCUGCAAGCAGAGAGAAGCCAUGACUGCCACAGAUGGUGGACCUCCUGCCAACCCUCCUCUCUCUCAGCACAAUGAGUUAAUCUUUGAGAUUUAGGACCCUAAGAAUGUCUCUAUUCAUGGGUGUACCAAUAAGGCAAGCAUCAUUGAAUGCACCUUCCUUAACAAAGGAUAAGCCACUUGUAGAUAUAGCAAUAUUAGGCCAUAAUGUUGUCUCAAAUGUCUGCAAUCCAAAAUACUCGUUCCUAUUUAGUU